AUGGCGACUAAUCCUUUCAAGCAAGCGCCAGCAAUACCCAGCACGAACCAAAGCAGCCACACACAGCACUGUUACGAUGAACCGCCAACACCCGUGCUCAGUUCGGCUAGCUACGGCGCGACAACUUCAACCAGUGGUAGCGGUACUAGCGCAGCUGACAGUACCAGCAUCCUGAAGCAACGGGCGCCGUGUGCCUGCUCGAACAUCAGCAUUAUGCAGUUGUUUCACGAGAUGAAACAGAAGUAUCCAACCGUACCGGACACGGUGGUGUCGGAGCUGGUGACGCAGAACUGCCACGAUCGGCCGACCUGCAUCGGGAAGCUGGAGGAAGCGGUGCUCGGUGCACCCGGCCAAACUACCUACCCGUCGCAAUCCAUUCACAGUGGCAGUCUGAAACGGCGUAGCGGCGAACGGAAGCUGACCGGCAAUCGAUCGGAUGGCAGCAACAGCUACAGUAGCAAUAGCAGUAGCAAUAGUAGCCGCGAGAGCAGUGUCGAUAGCAGCAGGUUACAGGGUGCUGCCUGUCCUGCCACGCAACAGCAUCAGCAGGGAGUUCCGAUGGCCGGUAGCGCCGGCUACAGUGAUAGUAGACUUAUAGGUGAGAACCGAACCGCUGGUUCGUGCGCAAAUCGGCCUACCACGUUGGCCGUGCGCCCUGUGAAUGCCGGGAUGGGCAACUUUGGAGCAACGCCGCCCACACCGCCGAUGCGUCCCAAUCGGACAGCUCCACCAUGUCCACCGAGCAAUGGAUCGUUGGCGACGUCCACCAUCACGACCACGACAACGGCGAGCAGUAGUGCUGAGCUCGGUGAGACGGUGAACUUGCAGGUGAACGUUACCGUUUCGCCCAAAUCCGGCGGACCGCUGAUCGCUGGUCAACGGCACACAUCGACGAUCUCGCUACAACCGGAACCGCCAUACUCACGUGAGCUAGCCCAAGUUUGCAGUACCUUUAGUGGUGGGAACCCGCUGGGAUUACCCACACCCGGUGGAUCAUCACGGACGGGAUCUGCUGGUCCCACACCGACAAGCGCAAGUGGCAACGGUGGUCGUAGCUCUACCUCGGUUAAUCUAACCCUGCGACAACCGACCGACGGUCGGCCACGCACCCCGAUUCACAUCCAUGCCAGCCCACUCAAGUAUACCGCCAAAAACUUUAACGCUCAGUCCGGCAUCCAGUCGAAGCUGGAGGUUACGUUUCGGGAUGGAUUCAGUUCGUUCAGUGCGAUGCGCGCCCAGGUACCAGGUUAUGAACCUCAGCAAGAAAUGGCAACCUCCUCACAUUACCAGGAACGGGAACCGUGCGCUGUUGCUUUGCCGGAUGGUCAUAGCGGGUGGUAUCAGUCUCCUUCGGUAGGGAGUAGAGCUCCGUACGUGCACACAGGGUUUCCACCACCGCUGCCAUCCUCAUCGCCAUUGCCCAACCUGGCGGCGCAUCAGCUGGCAUCUAGUCGGGGGAUUACCGGACAACCGUUGUUUGCUGACGGUCCGCUAGAGAACGAUGGACUGACGAAGGAAAUACGCUACCAGAACUUCGUGGUCGCAGAGAUGGCCGUAUCACAGCAGCUGGAGCAAAAGCAGCGCCUUAGCCUGGAGGUUGAACGGAAGCGGACACAGUUCGAGUCGAUCUGCCGUGAGAUCUUCGUUUUGCAGCAACCGUUGCGAUUUAUCGACGCGGAACUGCUUGAUCGUGAGGUGCUGGUGCUGGCGGCUGAGGUCGAACAAUUGCAAAAAGCGGUGGAUUCGCGUGAUGAUGAAGAAGCACGGGCGCAGGCCGCAGCUGCCGCAUCUGCCGCUGGUUCAUCGAUAACCGAUGGGCUAAGUGCGCUGAGUGUCGAAGGUGGUUCACCACUAAUGCUUGCAUCAUCCAUGGUAUCAGGAUCGGGUGGAACCGUGGCGAAUCGCCCUCCAAGACCCCCGCGGCCACCUCCGCCUAGGGCACCGACCCAUUCGCCAUCUCGCGGCAGUUCUGGGAGCAUUACCCCGUGCACGCCGCUUCUUGCACCGUCGCUAGCUGCAUUAGGUGGCUCGUCACCCGUGCCAACGCCGUCGUCAUCCUCAUCCUCGCCCUGCUCAACCUCGUCGUCGUUUAUGUCGAAUGGUGGAGGUGCCGGUGAUCCGAUGGCUGCGAGUCGACUGCAACCAUCCGCGGCAGGCCCGAAUCAACCCUGGACCUGCAGUCUCUGUACAUUCCAAAACCACGAACUAAUGCCCGCGUGCGAAGUCUGCUCGCUGCCGAAAGCAUCCGGUAGUAGAACGGCUGCUGCUGCACCGACCAACAACAACCAUCCGGCCUUUACGGUCGCUGGCGAUAUGAGCGAUGGUGGCGGAGGACACCAUGCUGCCGGUGUGUUGCUGCGCCGCCAGCAUCAUGUAUCGGUUGAUACUGGCGUCGCGGCAGCUGCUGCCGCUGCUGCUGCUGCGGCUGCCGUCGUUGGGGCGUCCGUUGCAGGCCCAUCCACCGCGCCACCGUAUCCGGGUAUAGCGGAUAUGCCUCCACCGUCGUUUGCUUCUUUGACGGGGCACCCAUCCACGGUGAUGCCGUUGCAAACCAUUCCCUCCCACGGUCAGCACCAAUCGCUAGCGAACCAGCAGCAGCAGCAGCAACCUGCGCAAUCGAUACAGCAACAAUCCCAGCAGUCUAAUCCGCCACCGUUGCAAAAUGCCCAGUAUCAAAAAUCAUCCAUCGAAUGCUAA